CUCUCUCUCUCACGUUUAUGAUCAUGGCAAGCAAGUCCUUGUUCAUUGUUGCCAUUGAUUUUGGCACGUCUUACAGUGGCUACUGCUUUUCUCUUGCGACACGCACGGAUCAAAUUCGGCAGGUGUUCUGGGGACAGGCACACGGGCUCAUGACUGUGAAGACCCCAACGUGCAUCCUCUUCAAUGAAAAGCGUGAGUUUAAGAAGUUUGGCUAUGAUGCCGUCAUGAAGUACACCACGCUCCCCUCCAGCGAAGCUCACAAAUGGUACUACUUCCACCACUUCAAGAUGAACCUGUACAACAAGAAAAUCACUUCCAACAUGGAACUGGAAGCAGAUAAUGGAAAGAAGUUUCCAGCCCUAAAAGUAUUCUCAGAAAGUCUGCGGUACAUGAAGGACCAUGCUCUGAACACCAUACGGGAGGCCUCAUCCCAAACUGUCUAUGACACUGAGGAUGUCACCUGGGUCAUUACUGUUCCAGCCAUAUGGGAUGCUUCUGCCAGGCAGUUCAUGCGACUGGCAGCUAAAGAGGCAGGACUCAUCAGUGACAUGUUUUCUGAGAAGCUCAUCAUCGCCUUAGAACCAGAAGCUGCCUCAGUCUGGUGCAAGCAGCUCCCACGAGAAGGGUUUGUGGCAGAGGGUGGUGAUAAACAAAAGUUUCAAGAGUCACCUGGGACCCAGUAUGUCAUCGUUGAUUGUGGAGGUGGUACCAUAGACAUCACAGUACAUGAAAUCCAAGAGAACCAAUCCCUGAAAGAGUUACAUAAGGCAUCAGGAGGAGGAUGGGGAGGCAACACAGUAGAUGAAAAUUUCAAAGAGUUCCUGAAGGAGAUCUUCCAAGAUGGAGUAUGGGAGGAAUAUGCACAGAAUCACCCAGCGGAAUGCCAUCAAAUGAUGUACAACUUUGGCCUUCAGAAAUGCUCUUCCAGCAGAGAUGAGGUCUACAUACAUUGCUACCACAACCUAACAAAAGUGGCAGAAUGCAAGCAAAAAGACAUCUCCCUCUUCUUCAAGGGUGUGGAGGGAGCUCUGUGGUGCAAUGGGACUAUCAUGAUUACAUAUGAAAAAAUGAAGAGCUUUUUUGCCUACAGUGUCAGACAAACCAUUGACACCUUGCAGGAAAUCCUCAGCAAGCCUGAGAUGGCCAAGGUCCAAUAUAUUGUACUGGUUGGGGGCUUUGCCUCCAGCAUUAUCCUGAGGGAGGAGAUCUAUCAGACCUUUAGGGAGCGGUAUCAUAUCCUGUGUCCACUGGAAGCUCAGGCAGCUAUUGCAAAGGGAGCCAUUUUAUUUGGGCACAAUUCACAAAUUGUUGCCUCGAGAAUCAGCGCUCUGACAUAUGGGGUAAAGAUAUCUCGGGCAUUUGAUAUUGCUGUCCAUGAUAUACAGAAAAAGAGAGUCUCCAAAGCUGAUAAUUAUGUAUAUUGCACAGAUCUCUUCAAUAAGUUGGUGGGAAUUGGGGAUUUGGUAGAGGUAGAUGAGGUUGCCUGUUAUACUUUCACUCCCAUAGAACCAGAUCAAACAAGUGUGAUUUUUAGUUUCUAUUGCACAAAAAAGAAGGAUGCAAAGUACGUAGAUGAGGAAGGGCUGAAAAUGCUCGGCUCCUGUACUGUGCCAACGCCAAACACAGAGCUGGGGAGAAACCGCCAACUGAGACUGGAUAUUAAAUUUGGGCUAACGGAAUUUAAAGCCACAGGUACUGAUGUCACGUCCGGUGAAAGUCGGACGGUUAUGAUAGAUUUUUUAUCAGUUUAAAGAUUGCACAGUUCAAGGACAUGUAAGAAGAGCAUCAGACUUGGAUGAUUCAAGGGACUAUAAGGCUCAACUAGGAGAAUAUAUGAGCUGUCACAAUGGAAUAGCCAAAUGGACCAUAUAGUCCAGUAACUCACUUCCUGCCACAUUAGAACAAACCAAUAGUCUGUCUAGUCUGAUGAUCCUGCCUCUUCGCAAGUCACCCAUUUAGUCUGAUAUUCUGCUAUCUGCCAUUCCUGAUUGGCCCAAAACAAUUUGUCUAGUUCAGUAUUCUGCCCCCUCCCAUGCUAGAUUAGACUAAUGGUGCAAUAUCUAGUCCAGCAUCCUGCAUGCUACACUACUGGAUCUGAACACAGUAGCCCAGGUAGUCCAGUAUAAUUACCUAUAUCCCACUAGAUCAGCUUUAUCGCCAUCUAGCCUGGUAUCCUUUUUGCUGCCAGACCAAGCCAAUGGUCUCUCUAGUCCAGUAUUUUUCUUGCAGCUGUAUUUUCUUAAGCUAUUAUCUUGUCAGACCUCAUUUUCUAAAGACUAAGUUUAAUUCUGCUUGCUGUGAUUUUACUGUAUUAUGAAAAAUAUUCAAAUAUAUGACUGUAUUGUUUUAAAGAUCAGAGAAAGUGUGAACACAUAAUAUUUUGCAACAGUGAAAUUAUGUUUAAGCAAUAAUCGAAUCGUAGGACUGGAAGG